UUCUUGUUUUUACGGUUUUUCUCGAGAGAAAAUGUUUUCAGGACAGAAUCUAGAGAGAGAGAGAGACAGAAGAGGAGAGAGAAAGGGCAUCUCCUAGACAUGGAAGAGUCUUUCGGUCUCUGUGUGUGUGUGUGUGCGGUUUUGAACAUUAAAUGAUUCAACAACAGUGAGAGUUUUUAUUAAGAGCCCCCCCUUGAUGAUAACAGAUUGAUAGAUAGACAGAUAGAUAGAUAGAUCCCUUCUGUUCACCACAACAAAACAACUGAGCUUUAGAGGGAGACAGAGAGACACAGAGACAGAGUACCUAGAGAGAGAGAGAGAGAGAGAGAGAGAGAGAGGGAGGGAGAGAACGAAGAAGAAGAAGAAGCAAAAAUAGGUUCGUCUCGUCUCGCUUCAAAACCCCAGUAGAUCCACUGCCACAGUUGUUUGCCUCUCUUCACCUUCUCCGGAUUGUAGCUGUCACCUCCUUUUGAUAUUUACCCUCUUGGAUCUUUCUGUGCCUCUCUUUCUCUCUGUGUGUGCUUGUGUGGGGGCUGUCCGAAACUCUCUCUCAAGUCACCCAGAAGCUUCAAUCUCUCUCAAGAUGUUCAACAACCACAGAAAGAGCUCAAGUACAUGCCUCCUGGUUUCUCUGUUGAAUCGGAUUGCUUUUUUGAUAAUUCAGCUGGGUUAGGGUUGAAGAAGAAGGAGGACGAGAGCAGGGCGGAGGAAAGAAUCGACCCGGAAGAGAUUGCCCACCAAACAGGGAGAGCGGGACACAGAGAGAGAGAGAGAAAGCUGGUGUUAGAUAGAGAAGUAUGGCAUCAACAUCAUCGUCAACACCCUUCUUCGGCCUCGGAGACGAGAGCCAAAACCAGAUGAUGCUUCAGCAGCAGUCCUCCACGACCACCUCUUCGACCGGCCCGACCCCGGCGCCACCGAAGAAGAAGAGGAACCAGCCCGGAACUCCAAAUCCAGACGCAGAAGUGAUAGCACUAUCUCCCAAGACCCUAAUGGCAACAAACAGGUUCAUUUGUGAGGUAUGCAACAAAGGGUUCCAAAGGGAGCAAAACCUACAGCUCCACAGAAGAGGACACAACCUGCCUUGGAAGCUGAAGCAGAAGACCACAAAGGACGUGAAGCGCAAGGUCUACCUCUGCCCAGAGCCCACCUGCGUCCACCACGACCCGUCCCGGGCCCUCGGCGACCUCACCGGCAUCAAGAAGCACUUCUCCCGCAAGCACGGCGAGAAGAAGUGGAAGUGCGAGAAGUGCUCCAAGCGAUACGCCGUCCAGUCCGAUUGGAAGGCCCACUCCAAGAUCUGCGGCACUCGGGAAUACCGAUGCGAUUGCGGCACUCUCUUCUCUAGACGCGACAGUUUCAUCACUCACAGGGCCUUUUGCGACGCGCUAGCUCAAGAAAGCGCAAGGCACCCAUCGAGUUUGACCACUUUGGGGAGCAACCUCUAUGGCAACAACAUCAGUUUGGGCCUCUCUCACCAGGUUGGCUCCCAAUUACCCAUCCUCCAACCCCAUAACCACCCGACAAGCAACAUGCUCCGGCUCGGCGGCGCCUCCAACUCCUCUACCUUCUCGCAGCAGCCCCAACCAAUGCCGCCUCCUCCUCCCACGGCAUUUUUCAAGCCCGAAGCCGCGGACUCCCUGCACGAGCUCCCAAGCCACAAUCCCCUCUCCGGGUUGAUGCAGCUGCCAAACCUCCAAGGUAACGCUAGUGCCUCCCAGUCGAACCUCUUCAACCUCAGCUUCUUCGGCAACAAUGCCACCGCUGCCAGCUUGAGCACCGGCGACAAUGUCGCCACCGCGGCAGCCGCGGCCAACAACUUUCCAUCUUCAGGCUUCUUGGGCCAGUUCAAUGGCGGGAACAAUGGCGGCAACCAAGCGGCUGGUCUCUUCUCAGAUGACCGGGUUGGGUCGGGCUUUUCUUCUUUAUUCAACGCCUCGGCGCAGAAUGAGAACAUGGUGGCUCACAUGUCCGCAACUGCGCUGCUUCAAAAGGCAGCUCAAAUGGGGUCCAUAACGAGCGGCAACAGCUCCUCCUUGUUGGGCGGGUUGGGGAGUUCAUCAGGCGGCGGCAGCAGUGCUGUCAACCGGCAAAUGGGGUCCGUCAACUUCGGUGGAGGCAGCGGCAAUUUUCCUGACAGCGGUGGGAAGCUGCCACCGCAGAUGGAAAGCGAGAACCAUCUCCGCGGCUUGAUCAGUUCCUUCGCGAGUGGAGGCUCUUCCAUAUUCGGAGGCGGGGGUGGUCACGAGCAUGAGAACAGCUUCGGUGGGUUCAAUGAAAGCAAUAUCUCGUUGGAUCAUCAUCAUCAUCAUCACCAUCAUCAUCCUCAGGACCAAAGUAGGGCGAGCUUCUGCAAUGUGAACGACGCCAAGUUGCACCAGAAUCUCACGACGAGCAUCGGAGGGUCCGAUAAGCUGACUUUGGACUUCCUGGGUGUGGGAGCGAUGAUGAGGAAGAGAUCGGACGGUGGAUUCGCGCACAGAGAGCAGCAGCAGCAGCAACAACAACAACAUGGGACGAUCAACAUGAGUUCUCUAGACGGCGACAGGAAGUCAGAGCAGGGAACUCAACCAUUUGGGAGUUCGAAAAUGCACUGAAGGAAUGGAAUGGAGGGUUGACCGACAACUUGGGAUGGGAAAAAGAGGUCAGUCCAGUCCAUCAGUUGGUAGGUUUUAUAAAGGAUAAAAUACGUGCGGGGAGAAAAGAAAAUUGUAAGAAGAAACAACGCAUGUCAAACUAGGGUUUGUCUUUAUUAGGGUUUUUUUUCCGUACCUUCAGGAAGAAUGUGCCACCCUCCUCCUCUCACCUCCAUAUUUUUUUUUUCUCUUCGAACUAUUCAGUUUGUAAUGUUGGCUACAAUUGAAUGUGCACUUGCUUAGCU